AUGGGGAUGUUAUUCAGCAGUGGCAAAGCAUUCAGAGAAGCUGUCAGGAAACAUGCCAUCCUGCACCAGAGAGGGGUCAGACUAAGGAAGAAUUUAGGUGAUAAAAUUAAGUGGAUCUGUCAACCAGGCUGCAAGUGGAAAUGUUAUGGAAUCAGACAACAAAGGUCCAGCAAUAUCCAAAUCAAGACUUUGCAUACAACACACACAUGCAACCCUACUUGGGUCCAAAAACAAAUUAAUUCAACAUGGAUAGCUGCAGCUUAUGAGCAUGAAAUCAGGAUGAACCCUGAAUGGGCUGUAGCAUCAUUUCAGGCAAAAGUGAGCAUUAGGAAGGCCAAGGCUAAUAUCAUUGGAAAACAUGAGGAAGAGUUUAAGAUGUUGUAUCAGUAUGCUAAUGAAGUGAACAAGGUGAUGCCAACAUCAACUAUCAAGUUAAUGACAGAGCCAGCAGAACAAGGCAUUGAGGGGAGGAGGUUUAAAAGGUUCUAUGUAUGUUUAGGACCUUUGAAAGAAGGUUUCAAAGAUGGAUGCAGACCCUUAAUAGGGUUAGAUGGAUGUCAUCUAAAAGGACCCUUUGGAGGCAUCUUGCUCACUGCAGUUGGUACGGAUCCUAAUGAGGGUAUGUAUCCGAUUGCUUGGGCGCAAGUUGAAGCUGAAAACUCAAGUAGUUGGGACUGGUUCCUUGGUUUAUUAAAGGAUGACUUGGGGAUAGAGAAUACGGGAACUUAUACCUUCAUCUCAGACAGGCAGAAGGGCCUAGUCACUGCAUUUGAGACACAUUUUUCAGAAUCAGAAUUUAGAUUUUGUGUCAUGCAUCUAUAUGGUAACAUGAAGAAAGAAUUCAAAGGGAUUGGGGUCACUAGACAGAUGUGGCUUGCUGCAAAAUCCACCACUGACUAUUUCUUUAACAUCAACAUGACAACCUUGAAAUUAGAGUUAUGUUAG